CCCUUGGUCAUGCAGAAACGCUCAGGGUUGCAGCAGAAACACUCCCCGUCUUUUUUCUUUCCAUAUUUAUAAACGCAUCAUAUCCCAUUGAUAUUAUUUCUGAGGUUAAAGUUCUUUGAGGCCAGUUGCAUGCAUUGUUCGUCUCCAAAAAUGGUUUGCGAGACUAAAAUUGUUGCGGAUGAACACGAUGCCAUACAAGGGACCAAAAAAGAUUCUAUUAUCGUUUCCUCCUCGCAAAUGUGGACUUCUUCCACACCGGCACCGAAUCCUAUCGAGGAAAAUGAUGUGAGGAAAGAUACGGUUUUUAUCCGUGAGUUUGAGCGCACGGACCAUGUGGAGGUGCGCCGCAUCUUUUAUGAGGGGAUCAUGGAGAGAAUACCCAACACCGCGUUCAGAGGCAUAUUACAGCAAAGUCAAACCCAAUUCUUAUAUGUUCUUCUGACACUAAUGUGCUUUGUUGUGAGCAAAUCCCUCACGCUGACCUGCUGUGCGCCGUUCGUUCUCAUGGCCGCGCGCUACUUCUACAGCAGCAAAGUUAUCCACAACUAUCUGGCCUGCGCGCUCCGAACAGACAUGGCGGACAUCGAGGAGUAUUACAUGAAACCCACAGGCUCGUGUUUCUGGGUGGCAGUGCUGGAGGGUCAGGUGGUCGGCAUCGUGGCGGCGCAGGGCCGGGAGGACGAUAACACGGUGGAGCUGCGCCGCAUGUCGGUGGACUCACGCUUCCGCGGCAAGGGCAUCGCCAAGGUGCUGGGGCGCCGCGUGCUGGAGUUCGCCGUGCACAACAACUACGCCGCAGUUGUCCUGGGAACCACCGCCGUCAAAAUGGCCGCCCACAAGCUGUACGAGUCACUGGGCUUCCGGCGGACGGGCGGGAGCGAGGACUACAUGCUGCCUGGCAUGAGCGGCUCGCCGCUAGAGAGGCUCUUCUUUCAGAUCCGUUACCAGCGUUACCGCCUGCAGCUCCGCGAGGAGUGAGGGGUGAGAGAGGGAGAGAGGGAUGGAAAGAGAGAGCAACGACACCUCCUCCUCGAAGCAGAGCCCCUCGCCCAACGAGCCUCGACCAAGUCCCCGAUCGAUCUUAUACUCCUCUGACAACUUUAUUUUGUAUCAGUUGCAUCUUCUUACUACUUACCACUACUAUGUCUAUUCAUUAUUUCUAAGUCACUAACUUAUGGGUUUUUGUUUUACAUUUUAGAUUUAGUGUUUUACCCCCCCCCCGCCUUUGAGUAAAUUAUUUUUGUUUUGCCUAUUUUCCCGUCCUUUCCUGUUGUAAGAAAAAAUUAUCCCUAACAUAUAUCACCGUCCCAUGCCUAUUCAAAUGACAUCAUCAAUUGAGUGUUCCCGUUGCUUUUGAUAGAAAUUUGAUUGCAAUCAGUUUUUCGAUCAUCAUGACAAAAUCCACCCCCCCCCCCCUUCCUUCCACCCUCACCUUUCUCAUUAACACCAGAAUCCCCUCCCACCCCCUCCAGAACACCAAUCAGAGGCUUAAUCAGGAGAGUUGCGUGUUGCGUAACAUUCCGAUAGAAAUAUAUCAUGUAGAACAGACAUUGUCCUUUGCCAUGGAAAACAGGCGUUCGUGUCCGCCCUAUACAUGGCAUUUCUAUCUGAAGAAUUUCUAUCUCAAACGCACCCUGUCUCUCGUUAGCCCGCCUAAGCCCUCUCCAUUGUCACAACAACGUUUGUGCCCAAAAAGACCUGGACAAAAAGACAAAGUAGGUUGGCAUUUCUCCAGCACAGCCCAUAUUGAAGCACAGCAAGGGUCAUCAAGUGUACUGUACCAGCCCUGUGGAGAGACAGGAGGAACAGGCAGGAUGCGUACUGUGGAAUCCACACUGUGGAUCCUGUAUAGGCAGGAAAACAAACACAAACAGGCUUGCGUCCCAAAUGGUACCCCAUUCCCUAUAUAUUGCACUAUUAACAAAGGCCCAUAGGGCUCUGGUCAAAAGUAGUACACUGUGUAAGAAAUGGGGUGUGAUUUUGGAUGCAGACACAGUGCAUUUUCUGUUUCCUAAACCCUCCUGCUUUCUGCUUUCACUAUUUCCUCCAUCUUUGGUCAUGUUCUCUUCCCCUCAUUCAACACAGUGUCAGAAUCUAAUUCUAUGAUUCCAUUCCACCUGCAUGGGAACUAUGAAGAGGGUCUCUGAUUGGUUGGGAAGACGAGAGGGUAGUUCAGGCCAGGGGUACGGACCCAUGCAGGGUGAAUACUGUGUCAAUGUUAAUCAUAUUACUAAUUUAAUAAUGGGUUUUUCUAAUGAGUAAAUUAUCUAAUCUAAUGAAACAUUGAGUGUUACUGAGUUUUAUGUGUAAUUAUCAAUUGUUUACUAAUUGAAUCAAGAUAAAUUUGAACAUUUUGAAUAUGUUUGGUAUUUGAUUGAGAAAUUAGAUUUUUUUUAUUUUUAUUAUUCACAACAUUUGAUGGAAGCAUUGCUUCUUUGUAGUAUGCACAUUUUAUGGAUACUCCUACAUGUACAUAGUAACCGCAAUCUAGUAUAUAUUUAAACCAGGUAAUUGGGGGAAACUACUUGGGUAAACCUAAUACAUUAUUCAAAAUAUUUGCGGACUUACAGUACAUAGCUGGCUUAACAAAAUGUAUCUAAGCACAAAUUUUUCAAUUUGAAUUUAGACACAAUACUAUAUCCAAUUUACAGGUAUAUUUAUAUCCUUCUGUGUAUGUGUUAAUGUGUAUACAGUUGGAAUACUCUAUACAGUAUGUAGCUGACAAACCCAAAAGACGUCCCUCUCCCUCCCCGUCAUAAAGAUAACCACUCUCUCCAUUUCCAUCCUCCUAUCAGAGACAGAACCAGCAGAGGAAGAGAUACAACCUCUAUGAGCCCAAGAGUUUGUGUCACACUUGUACAAAAAUUACGAAAUGAAAAGUAAAAAAAAAAA